AUGGCAGUUCAGUGCUACUUCCUAAGCCCCAACGAGGAUGCUCCUAAUAGCCGUCUUCCGGUGCUUCACUAUCGCGAUGUGCUCCCAGAACCCAGAGAUGAGGCUUCAGUGACGGACUUUUUGACAAGGAACAGAUGGGAGAAGAGGGGCACAUGGGGACACAUUGGCAUCCGCCAUUUUCAUCCGAAUAGCCACGAAUGCUAUGGAAUAUUCCAGGGACAUUCUAAGAUGCUCCUCGGGAAGAUCUCCACCGGUCAGGGGAUGGAAGUGGACGUGAAAACUGGCGACGUCAUCAUUCUUCCAGCCGGAACAGCGCAUUCCUCGCUAGCGAGCUCCUCUGACUACCGAUACAUCGGCGUAUAUCCCCAGGAUUGCCCAAAGUGGCGAAACGAGAUGGGGAAAAAGCCGGCAGGAGAGUUCAAAGCCGUCAUCAAGAGUGUCGAGAUGCCAGAAGAAGACCCAGUGUAUGGAAGGAAUGGUCCAUUGAAUCAACUUUGGAAUAAGGACAUACUUGCCAAGCUAUGA